UCGUUGCUGAAUUGAUAAAACUUGAAGGGGAGAACAUUUUGGGCAAGUUAGGUGGGGCGUUUAGCAUCUUUGUCUCCUGCUGAUAGGUUGGUCACAGAGCAACCUGAAAACUACUAAAUCAGCCAGCAGGUUGUUACAUGUUUCGGUUGACGAGGUGCGCUUCAGUUAGAAGAACAAAGUGUGUGUUUCUUUGUGACUGAGGUCUAACCCAAAAUCCGCACAACGAGUUUGACGGUGCCAGGCUGAAAGGGGGAGGGGGGCUGCUGGAGCGCACGUACGCAGUCUACUACUCCUCCCUUGUUAAAAUACGAGCCUGCUCGUCGUCUGGUCACCUAUUUUACAAACUGGGACUUUCCUAAAAUUGAUACAAGCAGGAUGAGUCACAUUUAGUCAUACUGAUGAUGGAGAAUGGACAUGUGAAAACCAAUGGUGAUGUCUCUACAAAGCCUGAUGGGGACGCUGCCGCCACUAAUGGCUCAGCUGAGGCAGCCAAGGAGCCUGAAGCUGGCGCGGGAGGUGACACUAUUGAACCGGCGCCUGCUGCGGAUGGAGAGGCGGCCAAACCAGAAGGCGAGGCUGCAGCUAAAGAGACACCCAAGAAGAAGAAGAAGAAGUUCUCUCUGAAGAAGUCGUUCAACUUCAAACUGAAUCUGAAGAAGAGCAAGAAGAGCGAAGCUGUCAAAGAGGAAGCGGCUGCUGCCGCUGCCCCUGCUGAGGAGAAGCCUGCUGAAAAUGGGGCUGCUGCUCCUGCAGAGGAGGAGAAGAAAGAGGAGGUGAAGGAGGAGGCUGCCGCUGAGGCAGAGGCCCCAAAGGCAGAGGAAGGGCCGGCUAAAGAGGAGGCCCCCAAGGAGGAGGCCAAGGAGGCAGCUGCUCCGGCCCCUGAAGCCACGAAACCAACAGAGGAGAGCAGCUCGACUCCCGCUCCCUCUGAAAAGAAAGAGUGAUUGUUGUUCCUUUAGCUCACAAUGAACUGGGUGAACUGUUUUUCAAGAGAGAGAGAUAAAAUUUAAGAGUAUAUAUAUAUAUAUUUAUAUAUAUAUGUGUAUAUGUAUACAUAUGUAUAUGGAUAUAUGUAUAUGUAAAUAUAUACACAUGUAUGUGAGAGACUCCUUUGACGUGCCACUUUUCGUCAUGAUAACAAGACGACAGACUAGAUUCACUAGAUCACUUCCCUGGUUACUGCUCGACAUCUGGACCUGGACUGAGUUUUAGGCUGUGGGCUGGUCGCUAUGUGGAAAAUGGAUUUUAAAGGCAAGAAUGCGAGCUAAUGACACCAUGAAGUUUAGACUGAUGAAGGAUGGAUGGAGAAGGAUGGAGUCAAAGCAUCUUUUCCCUAAAAACCUGCAGAUCAAGAUGCCUCCUUGCUGAAGGAAUGAAGUUAGAUGAGAUACUAGGAAACCACCACCACUUGAAAUGACUGUUGAAUAGAGAAAAAAAAGACAAAAAAUGAAAUCAGAAAAUUAAGAGACUCGCCAACUUUUUACAUUCCUAUAUUUUAACCCAAAUUUGAAGUAUUUUGUGGUGUAUUAUAGAGAACCAUCUUAAAGAUUCAGAGAAGCUAUUACUUGUUUGUUUAAAGAAAAAAAAAUAGACGACUUUGAUUUUUACCUUACUAUGAAAAAAAAAAAGAAAGAACACUUAAGCUUGCUAUGUUCACUGUUGCGGUUUGAUAUGAAGCAGAGUUGUUUAUCUGUCGUGUGUGAGCCUGAAUCUGCUUUGUCUCUGUAAAUACAUUGGACUGAUUUUGUUUCUUUAUUUUGCUAAUGUUGACAGAUGUUACUGGUUUUAUUGUAAAGUUGAUAAUGGUAAAUAAAUGUUGGUUACCUGCC